AUGCCGCUGAGCCAUCUUGUCAUUGUCUGCGGACACGCGAUCUGGCUGGGAGGGCCAAAGAAUGGCUGGGAUGAAGCGGAGUGGCUUAUUGAGGGCUACAAACAAGGCGAAACCCCGACUUUCAUCGAGCACAUCAAAGCCGGCGUGAAGCUCUUGAGCGAGGACGAGAGCGCCGUCUUGGUGUUUUCAGGCGGUCCAACCCGCAAAGAAACCGUCCUCUCCGAAGCCCAAAGCUACCACAACCUCGCCGUCGCCAACUCCUACUUCGGCCUGCUCCCCACCACCACCACCAUCACCACUACUACCAACAAUGGAAACAACCAGCUCCCCACCACCCGCAUCCUCCUCGAGGAGCGCGCCCUCGACUCGUACCACAACAUCCUGUACUCCCUCAUCCUCUUCUGGCGCCACCACGCCGCCUGGCCGCGGCGCCUGACCAUCGUCAGCCACGCGUUCAAGCGCACCCGGCUGGUCGACGGCCACUGCGCGGCGAUCGGGUUCCCGCUGGAUCGUGUCGGUUUCGUGGGCAUUAACCCGCCGGGCGUGGACACAUCCGGGGGGCUGGAGGGGUUGUCGGCGGCCGGGGAGAAGGCGGAGGCGAUGCGCGGGGUGCAGUUGGCGAUGGGCCAGUGGGCGGAGGAUCCGCACGGCGUGGGCGAGGAGCUGGCUGGGAAGAGGAGGAGGAGGAAUUGCUGGGGAGUGCAUCAGAGGCUGUUUUUGGAUGCGGCGGAGAGGGAUCGGAGUGGUGUUGAUGUGCGGGUGCUUGCGGACGGAAGCGAGGCGCUCGUCGAGGGCGGGCGGCGGCCUUGGGCGAGGGAGUAG